CACCGGCGUUCAGUCGUGAAGCGGAUUGAACGAGCGGCUCUUCCUCUGUGGCGCAGGACUAUGCGGGCAGGGACAUAAGGGCUGCGAUUUCAGCUGAAAAUACGUUCAAACACACACCGGGAGAGCUGCAGAGAGAGGAACCUCCAGCGGGGAAGACCGGGGAGAGUUUACAGCGGGUACGGAGCGGAGGGAGACUCGGGAGCACGGCAGGAGGAGGAGGAGGAGAAGUGGGGGGACGGACGCUGUCUGUCUGAAUCCGACCGAAAUACCACGCAGAAAUGGCGGAGCACCACGCAGCCAGCGACGGCAAGCACAAAGCGUCCAGUAAUUCCGGGAGCUCGGUCCACGGGAACAGCCGAGCGGGCGCUGGAGGCGGAGGAGCAGGGGGCAAAGGAGGCCUCUCUGGCGGGCUGACACAGCCGGCCGGGUGGCAGUCUCUACUCUCCUUCAGUAUUCUGUUUCUGGCCUGCCUCGCUGGAUUCAGCUCCAGACUUUUCGCUGUGAUCCGCUUCGAGAGCAUCAUCCACGAGUUUGAUCCAUGGUUCAACUACAGAUCAACGCACCAUCUCACCACAAAUGGCUUCUACGAGUUCCUCAACUGGUUUGAUGAAAGGGCCUGGUACCCCCUGGGCAGGAUUGUUGGAGGAACAGUAUACCCAGGGCUAAUGGUGACCGCUGGCCUCAUCCACUAUGUGCUCAACCUGCUCCAUAUCACGGUGCACAUCCGCGACGUAUGUGUAUUCCUGGCGCCCGUGUUUAGCGGCCUGACGGCCAUCUCCACUUUCCUGCUGACACGGGAGCUGUGGAACCAGGGCGCCGGGCUGCUGGCAGCCUGCUUCAUCGCCAUCGUUCCAGGCUACAUCUCCCGCUCUGUGGCCGGCUCUUUCGACAAUGAAGGGAUCGCCAUCUUUGCCCUGCAGUUCACCUACUACCUCUGGGUGAAAUCUGUGAAGACUGGCUCAGUGUUCUGGACCAUUGGCUGCUGUCUUUCCUACUUCUACAUGGUGUCAGCAUGGGGGGGUUAUGUGUUUAUCAUCAACCUGAUUCCGCUCCAUGUGUUUGUCCUCCUGUUGAUGCAACGCUACAGCAGAAGAGUCUACAUCGCUUACAGCACUUUUUACAUCGUGGGCCUCAUACUGUCGAUGCAGAUCCCUUUUGUCGGCUUCCAGCCAAUCAGGACCAGCGAACACAUGGCUGCUGCAGGUGUGUUUGCACUCCUCCAAGCCUACGCCUUCCUGCAGUACCUGAAGGACAGACUCACCAGACAGGAGUUUCAGACGCUCUUCUUCCUGGGGAUCUCUCUUGCUGCCUGUGUCGUCUUCCUCACAGUCAUCUAUCUCACCUACACAGGAUACAUUGCUCCAUGGAGUGGCCGCUUCUACUCGCUUUGGGACACCGGAUACGCCAAGAUCCACAUCCCCAUCAUUGCAUCUGUGUCGGAGCACCAGCCGACCACGUGGGUGUCCUUCUUCUUUGAUCUGCACAUCCUGGUCUGCACUUUCCCAGCAGGCCUUUGGUUCUGCAUCAAGAACAUCAAUGAUGAGCGCGUGUUUGUGGCUCUGUAUGCCAUCAGCGCUGUGUACUUUGCCGGUGUGAUGGUGCGGCUCAUGCUGACCCUGACUCCGGUGGUGUGCAUGCUGUCUGCCGUGGCCUUCUCCAGCGUUUUUGAGCAUUACAUGGGAGACGACACCAAGAGGGAAAAGCCUCCUGCUGAAGACAGCAGCGACGAGGACGACAAGAGGAAUUCUGGGAAUCUUUAUGAUAAGGCAGGCAAGGUGCGCAAGCAUGUGUCUGAGCAGGAGAAGGCGGAGGAGGGUCUGGGUCCCAACAUCAAGUCCAUCGUCACCAUGCUGAUGCUGAUGCUGCUGAUGAUGUUUGCCGUCCACUGCACCUGGGUGACCAGCAACGCCUACUCCAGUCCCAGCGUUGUGCUGGCGUCAUACAACCAUGACGGGACUCGAAACAUCCUGGAUGAUUUCCGGGAGGCUUAUUACUGGCUGAGACAGAACACCGACGAACAUGCACGUGUGAUGUCUUGGUGGGACUAUGGCUACCAGAUAGCCGGCAUGGCUAACAGGACCACCCUGGUGGACAACAACACAUGGAAUAAUAGUCACAUAGCGCUGGUGGGGAAGGCCAUGUCGUCCAAUGAGAGCGCAGCCUAUGAGAUUAUGAGGUCACUGGAUGUGGAUUACGUGCUGAUCAUCUUCGGAGGAGUAAUCGGCUACUCUGGCGACGAUAUAAACAAGUUCCUGUGGAUGGUGAGGAUCGCUGAAGGGGAGCACCCCAAAGACAUCAGGGAGAGUGACUACUUCACUCCUCAGGGAGAGUUUAGAGUGGACAAGGCCGGCUCACCGACUCUGCUCAACUGCCUCAUGUACAAGAUGUCGUACUAUCGAUUUGGCGAGAUGCAGCUGGAUUUCAGAACCCCACCUGGCUUUGACCGAACGCGCAACGCUGAGAUCGGCAACAAGGACAUUAAGUUCAAGCACCUGGAGGAGGCAUUUACCUCUGAGCACUGGCUUGUCAGGAUCUACAAGGUGAAGGAGCUGGACAACAGGGAGACACUGGACCACAAGAUCCGCAGCGUGGUGACCAAGCAGAAGUACACCUCCAAGAAGACUGCGAAGAGGAAGCGAGGACACAUCAAGAACAAGCUGGUCCUGAAGAAGGGCAAGAAACUCCCCAAAAAAUAAAGAUGGCUCUGAACUCACACGAACGUAAAGAAACCUCCAACAACCAAUGAUGAAGAACACAAGGGGCGGCCAGGUGCCUGGCACUUGGUCAGGAGCGCUUCUCGUUAAUACGCCCUUGUUUAUCGAGGGAGCGUCAUAUCCGGCCUGACCAGAAUCGUUGUCCGUUUUAUCCUGAGGACUUCUGUCUUGCUUUUUUUUGUUUGUUUGUUUUUGUUUGUUUUCUGUUUGUUUUCUACUUUUUACUUGAAUGUGGCGAGGCAUAGGGCGGCUCUGAUUGAUUAAAAAUCUUUUUUGUGUGUGUGUGUGAGUGUGCGCGUGUGUUUAAAGGGGUUGUUAAUGACUUGAUUAUUAGUCAGGAGAUAGUGUGAUCCAUGGGAAGAUGAGGAACGUUUGCACCAAAGACCCAUCAACCUGGCUCCAUAGCACAUGGGAAGUCAUUGCUAAGAGCGAGGGAAACGCCGGAAUGAAAGCUGAGGAACUUGUUCCUGACGCGUGUACAGAGAACAGUAUGCGGUAUGGAGGAACGCCACCGUCUACACACAGCACAUCUGUAAUAUUAACCUUUUUACCAUCCUCAUCUCCUUAACGUCUGGCUGGCUCUUUUGUUCUCCACAGAUUCUCUAACCAAUUGGCCUAAUAUGUAAAUACCUUCUGUAAAGACACAAAAAAGCUCUAAAAUGAUGGUAAUAUAUUGGAUCAUUGUGAUUUUUAAAUGCAAAUUUCUUGGUUUUUCUUUGUCUUUUUUAUAGGACAGCAAGUAGAACAGUGAAUGCAAUAAUCAUACACAAGGGGGGGGGGGACUUCAGAUCAUGUUGGAAGAACGAAUUUGAAUGUUAGAUUUUUUAACAUCUCCCCUCUUUUAUUCCACGGCUUGCGUUGACUGUACAUUUCUGUUUGGGUUUUUAAGGCGGAAGCAAGAAAACGUAAAAAAAUAAG